AUGGACGGCAUUGCCUGCAUCCAGCGCAUUGUCCGUGACCUCAAGGUGGACCGGGAUACCUGGCAGGCGGUCGCUUGCCAGUACAAAGCGGCCUUCGAGGCCCAGACUGCUCGCCUGCGCGAGCUUCAGGACGUCUGCUUCGCCACCCAAGCCGAGCUGGAGAAUGAGCGAGCCCAGCAACAUCGAGGCCACGCCGCCUCAGCCCUGACUGACAUUUCUCCAUCCCGCCCCUUUGGCACCGCCACCAUUUAUUCUCUACAUGGCGUCCAUGCGAAAUGCUCGCCGCCAGUCGCUGAAGGCUGCGCCAAUUCACUGUUCAGCAGGGUGCACGAAUGUGCCCGUCAGAGGAACUACGGCACUGCUCUUUCAGAAGUUGAACGACUACUACGUGGUCCUCUUAGCCCCAAGGCCCGCGCAGAGGGCCUCCUACUGAAGAGCAAUAUCCUUAGAGCAUCAGGGCCCGAUGACAUGUUUGACGCACUCGCCGUCUGCAGCGAAGCCAUAGAGCUUUGUAGCCGUCUCGCCGAACUGGAGAGCUUCCUGCCCAAGAUACAGUGCCAGCAGAACUCACUUCGUCAUGACCUUCGUGCCCUCCAUCAAGCCUCAGAUACAUUGAGUACCACUAGCAGCCAUGACGACCUACUCUUGCCCCAAGUGUGCGCCGUCCGCCAGUCCUACGGCGACGAGCUGGACAUGCUGCAUUGUGCCAAACGCCGAUCAGGCUUUGACGAGAACCGUACCAUGGAUGGUCUGCUCGUUCAACUCGAGGAAAAGACCACAGACAACAAACGUCGACGUACCAGUGUGCGACUCAGGCUGCGCGCUGCCGCCAAGGCGAGACGAAUGUCUGUACCGUAUCAUUGGGUCAAAGCGAGAAGCGAGGGAUACCACCGUGUGAGCUAA